UUAAAGACUUGGUAACCUCGGCAGAAGAACAUGAAUUAAGUGGUGAUGUUUCCAGCCAGAGGACGGCGACGUACACUUUUUGCCGUUCCGCUUCUUUUCAAUUCAGCUUGCGUAACUGACAUCGGCUAGCUUUGAAGUUUCCGUUGACGGUAGCCUGCCAACCUACUAACGUACGGCAGUGAUUUGAGGCUAGUUAAUGUUUGUUUUAACGGUUCAGCUUAAGUACGGCGCACCAGAGAUUUUGCUGUAACCUGAGCUGGGUGUGCUGUUAGCCAGUAAGUUGUAAAAGCUGCACUGACCCCGCUUGGAAAGUAUUAAGUGUUAAUUUGAUACUGUAUUGUGAGGGAAACAUCAUGCCCAACCUCCGACCCAGUCCUGCCGGUUUUGGUGCUCGGCCCCGUCAUGUCGUUAUGCUAGAGUAUUGGUUGGUAUCCGGCAAAUUAUGCAGAUUUUGGGACGUCGGAGGGGAAGGAGGAGGGUUUGAGGCUGGGCCAGCGGAAUGCUACGUGUCUUGGAAGUCCCGUUUAAAAGCCCCGUCGCCUUUUUACGACUACCGUAGCCAAAAGUUUGGAGGUUACAACUCGAGCGAGCAGCAGACUCCCCCACCGCCCAGGCCCGUUGUGUGUGUCUGUCUGUCUGUGUGCGUGUGUCUGUGUGCGUGAAGUCCGGUGUUCAGCACUCUGUCGGCGGUGUAACACUCGUGUGAAAUGUCCGGAGUGAAAAAGCUUCGUACGGAUCUCAACAGGUCAACCAAUGUGGUGUACCAGGCCCACCAUGUCAGCCGGAGCAAGAGAGGGCAGGUCGUGGGCACAAGAGGAGGCUUCAGAGGCUGUACCAUCUGGCUCACUGGUUUGUCUGGCGCCGGGAAGACUACCAUCAGUUUUGCCCUGGAGGAGUACCUUGUGUCUCAUGCUAUCCCUUGCUACUCGCUGGAUGGAGACAACAUCCGCCACGGCCUGAACAAGAACCUGGGCUUCUCUGCCGAAGACCGCGAGGAAAACAUCCGUCGUGUCGCUGAGGUGGCCAAACUGUUCGCCGACGCUGGGCUCGUUUGCAUCACCAGCUUUAUCUCGCCUUUUGCCAAGGAUCGUGUCGAGGCGAGAAAAAUCCAUGCGAGUGCUGGCCUACCGUUUUUCGAGGUGUUCAUCCAUGCCCCUCUUGAAGUGUGUGAGAGCAGGGACGUAAAAGGACUUUACAAGAAGGCUCGUGCUGGAGAGAUUAAAGGUUUCACUGGGAUUGAUUCAGAUUACGAGCGUCCUGAGGCGCCGGAACUUGUACUGAAAACUGGAGAGCUCACAGUGAACGAAUGCCUCCACCAAGUGCUGGAGCUGCUCAGGGACCAGAAUAUUGUACCAGGGGAGAUCAUGGAGGAGGUGAAUGAACUCUUUGUUCCGGAGAACAAGCUGAAUCUUGCUGUGGCUGACGCAAACACGCUUCCCACCAUCAGCAUCACCAAGUUGGAUCUACAGUGGGUGCAGGUUUUGGCAGAGGGCUGGGCCAGUCCCCUGAAGGGCUUCAUGAGAGAGAGAGAGUUCCUCCAGGUCUUACACUUUGGCAACCUGCUGGAUGGUGGGGCCAUCAACCUGUCUGUUCCCAUCGUGUUGCCUGUCAGCACUGAGACCAAGCAGGAGCUGGACGGCUGCGCGGCUAUAGCUCUGGAGUACCAGGGCUCACGAGUGGCUAUUCUCAGGAACCCGGAGUUCUACGUACACCGCAAGGAGGAGCGCUGUGCCAGACAGUGGGGCACCACUUGUCCUCAGCACCCUUACAUUAAGAUGGUCAUGGAGGGAGGUGAUUGGCUGGUGGGUGGUGACCUGGAGGUGCUGGAGCGAAUCAAAUGGAACGAUGGACUUGACCAGUACCGCCUCACCCCACAGGAGCUCAAGCAGAGGUUCAAAGACAUGAAAGCAGAUGCCAUAUUUGCAUUCCAGCUGCGCAACCCAGUUCACAACGGUCACGCCCUGCUGAUGCAGGACACCAAGCGCCGCCUGCUGGAGCGAGGCUACAAGAACCCAGUCCUCCUACUGCACCCGCUUGGCGGCUGGACCAAAGAUGACGACGUGCCCCUGGACUGGCGGAUGAGGCAGCACGCUGCUGUCUUGGAGGAGGGCAUCCUGGACCCAGCCAACACCAUUGUUGCCAUCUUCCCCUCACCUAUGAUGUACGCUGGCCCCACAGAGGUGCAGUGGCACUGUAGAGCCAGAAUGAUCGCCGGAGCAAACUUUUACAUUGUUGGCCGGGAUCCUGCAGGCAUGCCUCACCCAGAGACUAAACAGGACCUGUAUGAACCCACCCAUGGAGGCAAGGUCCUCACCAUGGCGCCAGGCCUCACCUCUGUGGAGAUCAUCCCCUUCAGGGUAGCUGCCUACAACAAGACCAAGAAGGCUAUGGACUUCUAUGACAAAGAGCGACAUGCUGAGUUUGAGUUCAUCUCUGGAACCAAGAUGAGGAACUUGGCUCGGUGCGGAGAGAACCCUCCCGACGGUUUCAUGGCUCCUAAGGCCUGGAAAGUGUUGGUCGAAUACUACAUGUCUCUCAAAAAGGACGAGUAAUCAACACAACACUGAUAUCACCAGUCAACAUUAUAUUAUAAAAUGAUAGUUAGGUCUUAAAGGGGGUUAAAUAUACACUACCUCCAUCCCUCCAGGAGUGUUUUAGAUAGAUUCUUCUUUUAUCUUAUACAGUAAAUGCUCAUUUAGAGUGAUGAAUUUAGAUUGCAAUAAUGAGUAAUUCUGGCAGGGGUGGGUGUUUUGUCUUCACCAAAUCAAAAUGACUUAUCUUAAGCUGUUAAAGCAUUACAUUUUUACAUUCCUUUAAAACUAUGUGAUUUAUAAACCCAUUGUAUGUUUAUAUGCAUAUUAACUUAAGCUAUGUAUUUUAAUAAAUUAAAGGUAACUUGAGAUUCUUUUUUAAUGUUUAUUUUUGAAGUAUAGGAGCACAUCCCAAGACAGGGAAAUCAUUUUUUAUAUUUACAUGUAAUAUCUGAAGGAUGCAUCAAAAAAAAAGAUUUCACUUUUGAUAGCAUUUUAUGGCAGGUGUAUCCCAGUCUGUUCCUUGUAUGACCUCAAUGAAAGCUACUUGCAGUUUUAUCACUACCUAUGGUGCCUGUUUGUUUCACAUGUAUGGAUGUUAAUUAAUUCAUCAUGUUAAUGUGUCAUAUUAUUGUGAAAUACAACAUUGAUUUUUUUAUAAUGUGAAGUGCCUUUCUCUCGAAUGUCAACAUUAUAAAAGAGAAAUUGUUUGAAAUUUCUUGCCUGAAAUUUGUCUGAGAUUUGUGUGCUGUUAUCAAGCGGGCAUGUGCAUUCAUGUAAUAAACACCUGCAGUUUUAGGAAGAUAAAAAUGCCUACAUAAAAUGCAGUGAUAAAGGAAAUUAUUUGUUGUUAUGAA